AAGGCACCCCCAUGGCCGAACAGUAUCCGACCAUCCUGCAGACCGCGGUCUUGGGUACGGCAUUCAAAGUCUUACUAUGGCCGGCCUACAGAUCGACAGACUUUGAAGUGCAUCGUAACUGGCUUGCGAUCACGCACUCCUUACCACUUAAACAAUGGUACUUCGACAAGACUUCAGAGUGGACACUCGAUUACCCACCGUUCUUCGCCUACUUUGAAUUAUUUCUGUCACAAUUGGCACGCUACGUCGAUCCGAAGAUGCUUCAAAUUAACAACCUUGGCUACGAUAGUUGGCAGACUGUCCAUUUCCAGCGGGCUACCGUGAUCGUCACCGAGCUGGUGCUUGUCUAUGCGCUAUCCCUGUUCGUGCAAUCAACACCAGCUGGGUCGAGAAAGCAGAGUCAUGCGGCUGCGCUGUCGAUACUUUUGAGCCCAGGCUUGCUCAUCAUCGAUCACGUCCAUUUCCAGUACAACGGUCUCCUCUACGGCAUCCUGCUUCUGUCGGUUGUUUUGGCCCGCAAGCCCACGGGCCUACUUCCAAGCGGCCUCAUCUUUGCCGCUCUGUUGUGUCUGAAACACAUAUACCUGUACCUCGCACCCGCUUACUUCGUCUAUCUCUUACGAACAUACUGCCUUGGACCACGGUCGAUUUUUGACGUCCGAUUCAGUAACUGCAUCAAACUUGGAGUCGGUAUCGCCGUGGUCGCGCUCCUUGCAUUCGGUCCCUUUAUCUACUACGGACAGAUAGAGCAAGUGAUGAGCAGGUUGUUCCCGUUUUCGAGAGGACUCUGCCAUGCUUAUUGGGCGCCAAACGUCUGGGCAAUGUACUCCUUCACCGAUCGGAUCUUAAUCUACGCCGCGCCUUACCUCAAGCUGCCGGUCAAUCUCGAGGCGGUGAACAGUGUUACUCGAGGCCUCGUCGGAGACACCUCGUUCGCCGUACUCCCAGAAGUCGCACCAAGAGUCACUUUUGUACUCACUUUGGCCGCUCAGCUGCCGGCAUUGGCCAAGCUCUUCUUCCGACCAACAUGGGAUAACUUCGUCGCCGCUCUCGCACUUUGCGGCUAUGCAUCGUUCCUCUUCGGCUGGCAUGUCCACGAGAAGGCGAUAUUGCUCGUCAUCAUACCUUUCAGUCUGCUCGCGCUCAAAGAUCGACGUUACCUUGGCGCCUUCAGACCGCUGGCUGUCAGUGGUCACGUGAGCCUAUUUCCCUUGCUGUACACACCAAUGGAGUUUCCCAUCAAGAUGGUGUACGCUGUUGCGUGGUUAGUCAUAUUCCUCAUGUCGUUUGACAGACUAGCACCCGCAUCUGAGAAGCCAAGGAUAUUCCUGCUCGAUCGUUUGUCACUGCUCUACAUUGGAGUUGCGGUUCCACUCAUAGCUUACUGCGCACUUGCGCAUGAGCUGCUGUUUGGCGAGCGGUACGAGUUUCUUCCGUUAAUGUUCAUCAGCUCGUACUCAGCCGUCGGCGUGGUGGGGAGCUGGAUCGGGUUUCUUGUAGUCUUUCUCACAACAUAGACGAGCCAAAUCAGCGAUCUGGUCGCAUUGCGACAGUAUUCCAUAUUACCGCAGGAUUACUUCAACAUCUGGUUGUCGCGAGAGAUGUCGAGCGUCGUGGUUGUAAGCUCUGAGACUGUGGCGCGUAAAUUACAAGUGGUGGGCAUGAUAUACGGAGCAGUGAAUGACUAUGUUGUGAAGAGGCACGCCAUGUUGCAUAAUGUGUUGCGCCACAGACAUCGCGAUACUUGGAAGAGCAACAACGGGCUAAAACCGGCAUGAUUCAUCUGGCGUGGAAACAUACAGGUACGCCGGGCAGGAGAAGCAAAAGGAGAGUGGUUGUUCAAUCACGUCGCAUGGUGUGGACCGC